GGCAUGUGGUAGGGAGGGAGGGAGGGAGCGAGCGAGGAGGCCGGCAAGCGCUCCUCAUCCACCACCACCACUACUCACAGCAGAUAUAACGAACCAGGCAACAGGGAGCGAGCGAGCGAGAGGGAGAGAGAGAGGCGAACAGACACACAGGCAGCGCCAUGAAAGGGAGCCGCAUUGAACUUGGAGAUGUAACUCCACACAACAUCAAGCAGCUGAAGCGGUUAAAUCAAGUCAUCUUUCCUGUAAGUUACAAUGACAAGUUCUACAAGGAUGUGCUGGAGGUUGGAGAACUUGCAAAAUUAGCAUAUUUCAAUGAUAUUUCAGUUGGUGCAGUGUGCUGUCGAGUGGAUCAUUCGCAAAACCAAAAGCGCUUGUACAUCAUGACCUUGGGCUGUCUGGCACCUUACCGCAGGCAAGGAAUAGGAACUAAAAUGCUGAAUCAUGUGUUAAACAUCUGUGAAAAGGAUGGAACUUUUGACAAUAUUUAUCUGCAUGUUCAAAUCAGCAACGAAUCAGCUAUUGAAUUCUACAGGAAAUUUGGCUUUGAAAUAAUAGAAACUAAAAAGAACUACUACAAGAGGAUAGAGCCAGCUGAUGCACAUGUUUUGCAGAAAACCCUCAAGAACCUUUUCCCAGGCCAGACCAUGGAAAGCCACAAGUCAAAUUAAGGAUAAUCUUGCACGUCUAUCGCCAAAAUGUCUGUGCAGACCCUUGGGGUGGGGGGGGAGGAGGAGUGAGCAGCAAGAAGAGAUGAUCUUUUCAACAAUAUGUGGCUAAAUUUUGCCACAUUUCCUGAAACCACUCAAUUAUUCCUGCAAAGCAUUCUGUACUUCCACCAAUUAGAAUUAAUGUGUCUGAAAUGAACAACCCAUGUGCCAGGACUGUAAUUAAAAGCAUGGGUUUGGGGCAUGUUUUUAUUACUUUUCCAGGUUCUAUGGGAUAUUUUUUCAAUUCAAAAUAAAAAUGUGCAAACAAGUGACCUGAUUUUGUAUUUUAAAUGCAUAGUUCAUUUUCUGUAAAGAUAAAUUUAAUGUUAGUCCAUUCAAGAAUUAAGUCCCAGGAACUUAUUGUGCCUGUUGCAGGUAUUUCUCCUGCUUUUAUCUGAUUCGUAGAAUAUAUGUUGCAAUUUAAGACACUAUUCAAUAGCCUAGUUACUAGUUUGUUUUUAAGCAGAAACUGUCCUGUUUUUUCUGGAGGCGUGAGAUCUGUAUAGCCUGUGUAAUACUAGUCAGCACCUAUUAUUUGUUAGUAGUCCUAAUAAUUCUACUUUAAUUCUACAGAGCAGUACCAUAACUGCAUUGAGUCCAGGUAGUUUCACAGUAGCGAGAUUUGCUACCUAAAGGAUGCAUUAAAUAAAAUCAGAAGUACAAUAGAUGUUAAUGCAAACUAAGUAUUCAGGUAAUGAAAGGUAUUAAUGUAAAUAUAUAAAGCUUAAAGAACUAAUUAAACUACAGUCAGAAGAGCAAAACAUUAAAGGUAUGAAAACAGAACCCAAAUAAACUUAAAAUUAAUCUACUCAAAGUAAUCCAAAUGGGCAAAAGAAAAGAAACAUGACAUGGAUUUGGUUACACAAUGAAAGCUCUGAAAAUAAAAGUACAUAUUAUAGUUCCGUUCUCCCCAAACUAAAAAAGGAACAAGAAAAUAAAGAUGAAAGCAAGAAAAAUAAGAAGGAUGUGAAGCUCUACAAAAUGCUGUCAAAUUUUAUAUGAGUGUAUAGCUGAUGGUGAGAGAUGUGGCUGUAACAGUUGAUGUUCAGAUGAGGUUUAUUAAAAGCACAGUUCUCUUGUUUCUAA